AUGGGAGAAGCCCUUGCAGGCGACCUCACCCCGCAUGAUGGUGUUUCCAAAGCGGAGAAGUUCAAGCUGGAAGAAUUCGGCUUCAAGUACAUCCAGAGCUUGCUGAAGAAGGUGAAUCCCGAGCUUGGCCAGGAAUUGAUGGAUCUUUGGAUUGAGUUCGAGGCCGGCGAGACCCCAGAAGCCAAGUGGAUGCAUGAGGUUGACAAGUUUGAAUGCAUGAUCCAAGCGACAGAUUAUGAGCAGCAAACAUUCGGCGAGAAGGAUUUGGAUGAGUUCCAGGGUCCGUACAAUGCUGCCAAAGUAUUAUCUCCGACAGGAAAGGAAGAUUUGAGAUUGCUCACCCUCGAACGACAAGCCCACUUCGCAAAUCGCAAGGCCGAGCUACCCCUCGUCUUCCUUAUCGGCACGCCAGGCUCGGGAGAAAUGUUUCAGGCAGAGGCUCUUGCCGAGAACGCUGGAUUCAAAGUCAUUGCUGUCGAGGAAAUCAUCCGUGAAAAGUCAACCGAUAAGGACUAUCUUCACCAGGAAUUCCUCGCUGAAUGUAUCGCAAACUCCGUUCGUACUCCCACCGUCCUGCUCAUUGGUAUACUUGAAGAGAAGAUCAAGGCAGCUUGCGCAGAUGGUGAGAACUGGGUGGUAGUGGUGGGCUUUCCGGAUAGCAUGCAACAGUUGAACGGUUUCCAACGACAGGUCCAAAAGAACACUUACACGGUCAUGCUGAAAUCUAAGGCGAGGCCUGCCGCCAUCUCUGACAAGCAAUAUGCUGCCGCUGUUCGAGAUAUGACAGAGUUGGGCAGCUACCUUGAUGCUUCGAAAGACUAUUUCAAGGCGAUUGAUGCGGACAAUCCCUCCGAUUUUGUCACCAAUAGAGUCCAAGAAGUAGUCGAUGGCUUCAAGCAACACAAUCAACGAAACAAGUAG